AUCCUUUUUCGGGGCGAGAACGUGAGUGCCGGAAGUUCUAGAGUUUCGGCUGUGGUUUCGUAAUUCCGGGAUUCACAGCACCUGCGGAUUGCAAUGCUGCCAAGAGCUUCCUGAAGAUGUAUUGCACUAGAUAAGCAGAGGAAAGUCGGACCAAAGUACAAGGUUUAGAGGAUACUAUUUCCUCAUUAGGAUACAGAUAACCAAAAUAAAAAAAAAGAUAGUGCCAUGGCAAUGGAUUUAAUCGAGGACCGCCUGGAAUUAUUGCCCGGAGCCGAGGAGGAAGCGGAAUUUGAGCGCUUGUACGCGGCUCCCGCUGAGAUUGUGGCCCUGCUGUCCAUCUUCUACGGGGGAAUCAGCAUUGUGGCUGUCAUUGGCAACACUUUAGUCAUCUGGGUUGUGGCAACGACGAGGCAAAUGCGAACGGUGACGAAUAUGUAUAUCGCUAAUUUGGCCUUUGCCGAUGUGAUUAUUGGCCUCUUUUGCAUACCAUUUCAGUUCCAGGCUGCACUUCUGCAGAGUUGGAAUCUGCCGUGGUUCAUGUGCAGCUUCUGCCCCUUCGUCCAGGCUCUGAGUGUCAAUGUCUCCGUGUUCACGCUGACCGCCAUCGCAAUCGACCGCCAUCGGGCCAUCAUUAAUCCACUUAGGGCACGUCCCACAAAGUUCAUAUCGAAGUUCAUAAUUGGGGGAAUUUGGAUGCUGGCCCUGCUGUUCGCCGUGCCCUUUGCCAUCGCCUUUCGGGUGGAGAAGUUGACCGAAAGGUUUCGUGAAAACAAUGAGACCUACAAUGUGACGCGACCAUUCUGCACGAACAAAAACCUAUCGGAUGAUCAGCUGCAAUCAUUUCGUUACUCUCUGGUCUUUGUGCAGUAUCUGGUUCCAUUUUGUGUCAUCAGCUUUGUCUACAUUCAGAUGGCGGUUCGUUUGUGGGGGACCCGUGCCCCGGGCAACGCGCAGGAUUCACGGGACAUAACCCUGUUGAAAAACAAGAAAAAGGUCAUCAAAAUGCUGAUUAUCGUGGUCGUUAUCUUCGGACUCUGCUGGCUGCCACUGCAGCUCUAUAAUAUUCUGUAUGUUACGAUCCCGGAAAUCAACGACUACCAUUUCAUUAGCAUCGUCUGGUUCUGCUGCGACUGGCUGGCCAUGAGCAAUAGUUGCUACAAUCCCUUUAUUUAUGGCAUCUACAACGAAAAGUUCAAGCGGGAAUUUAAUAAGCGCUUCGCCGCCUGCUUCUGCAAGUUCCAGACGAGCCUGGAUGCCCACGAGAGGACCUUCUCGAUGCACACCCGCGCCAGCUCCAUAAGGUCAACUUACGCCAACUCCUCGAUGCGAAUUCGCAGUAAUCUCUUUGGCCCGGCACGCGGUGGGGUCAACAAUGGCAAGACGGGUUUGCAUAUGCCGCGGGUGAACGGGAGUGCUGCUAACAGCGGGAUUUACAACGGAAGUAGUGGGCAGAGCCAGAACAACAAUGUCCUCGUCCAUGGACACCACCACCAUCAGAGCGUGGUUACCUUUGCUGCGGGUCCCGGGCUUUCGAGCACAGGAGGUGGUGGAGGCGUCUCAAUGCCACCGUGGCGCCGAAACAAUUUCAAGCCCCUGCAUCCGAACGUAAUCGAAUGCGAGGACGACAUGGCACUCAUGGAGCUGCCCUCGACCACGCCCCCCAGCGAGGAGAUGGCCGCCUCCGGCGCCGGGGUCCAGUUGGCCUUGCUCAGCAGGGAGAACUCCAGCUGUAUUUGCGAACAGGAGUUUGGCAGCCAAACGGAGUGCGACGGCACAUGUAUACUCAGCGAGGUGUCGCGAGUCCACCUGCCAACAGGCUCACAGGUGAAGGAGAGGGAGAGGGAGAAGGAAAAGGAGAGGGAGGCAUGCAAGUCUCUGUGGCAACCACUUUAA